GUGCAUGUGAAACGUAGAGUGGCGACGUUAGCGGCUCUAGGCGUGGUGACUGCGUUUAGCCAUUACAAUUCACCGUCGCGUGCAUGAAACUUGUGUUCGUGCGGAGGAGGUUACAAUGCUGUGAGGAAUUCUUCCCCCAGCUGGACAGCCGUACCCGGUCCCUCAUAUCUGCUGCGUGUACCUGCAAAGCCGGGGUGAUCGGCAAGUGUAAGCAUACCGCUGCCGUUUGUGCGUUCAUAAACGAAUUCCGUGAAGAGUCCUGCACGAGCAGGCCUCAACAGUGGGGCAAGCCAUCAAGCAAGCCGAUCAGGGGCGAAACCAAAACAGUAGAUGAGAUAUUCCCAGGUUUGAUUGCACUUCUGUUUCUGUGUUGGUCAGAGGGGAUGCUUUUAACGUUGCAAACAAACGCCUUCGUUCUAAACUCAACCAACCAACCAACUUUUGCAGGUGGUUCACAAACAUGCCCUGACAGUGCGCAGCCAGCCCCUCCACAGAUGCUGCUGGAUUCAUAUGGCAUGGGCACCGAAAACAGCACGCUUGCCCGCAUGCUGGUGCUGAUGAAAAGAACAGAAACUGAGAGGGUGUGCAGAGAUGUUCUGCAAGAUCUCGUCGAGGACGUUGCAGAGAAGGUGGACAGGGAACAUGUCACCGACCUGCUGCAAAGCAUGGGCCACAUGAGAGCAACAUGGCACUACAUGGAAGUGCAGCCAGUUGAAAGCCUCAUGCGAACGGGGACAUCCACUGGACGGAAGAGGUUUUCACUAAUGCCACGCGACUUCUUAGCGACGCUAAGUGAUGCUGCAAAAGGCCUCUACCGACAAUCUGUAUGCUUGAGAACUGAUCCGCUCUGCUUGGCACUGGAAACAAAGGGACAGGCCCAUAAUUCACGGUGGCACGAGGAGCGCAGACUCCGGAUAUCGAGCUCUACCGCCCAUCCCAUUAGGACACGAAGGGGCAAGUUCAAGGAGCUGGCCGUGAGGAUGGCAUCAAGGACCACGUUCUGCAGUGCAGGGAUGAAAUACGGUAUAGCAACUGAAGCACGUGCACGGCAGUUACUGCAAGAACAGCUUGCUGCGCAGAUCGCUGAGACUGGCCUUGUUGUAAUGUGCACGCAGCCAUGGCUUUGUUGCAGCCCAGACGGGCUUGUGAAGGUGGGGGACGACAUCAUGGUCACCGAGAUCAAGUGUCCACACAGAUGCCGAAACACUGCGAUUGUGGACGACACUGGAAAGUCCUCUGUCGAGUACCUGGAGCUCGAGGAUGGGCAAGUGGCACUGAAGAAGAGCCAUGCGUACAACACGCAAAUUCAAGUGCAAUUGUACAUCCUCAACCUAUCAAAGGCCAUCCUCUUUGUGUACAGUCCUAAGCAGAGUGUGACCGUAAUCGUUGCAAGAGAUGACAGCUUCCUGUCUGAGCUAAUUGCAAAAUUGGAAUAUUUUUAUUUUACGUAUCUCAUAAAUGAACUUUCUUAGGAGCAUGUAAUCAUGAAAAUAAAGUAAAUACA